AUGCAGGAGUUGGAGCUGAGGGUGACAGAGUCUGACCAACGGCUGAGAGUGCUAGAAACAGGUACAAUCCAUGUCAUGGAAGAGAAGCUGAAAUAUGCAAACGUACAACCCAGUGAAUCAGAGAACUCAGUGUUCAGAAGGUACCAGGACCUGACCAAUCAGGUGCAGGAGAAAGAUGCAGUGAUAAAGAGAUUAGAGGUGCAGCUGGAAAAACAGAUCUUAGUCAGAGCCCAGGAGGCUAAGAUCAUUGAGGAGAAGGCUGCUAAAAUCAAAGACUGGGUUACGUUUAAGCUACGAGAGAUGGAGAUUGAGAACCAGCAGCUGAAAUUGUCCAACCUGAAGCAGGCAGAACAGAUGAUGAUGCUGCAGGACAAACUGCAAGCUCUCCUGGAGAAGCCUUCAUCUCCCCUCCCCCCCACCUCUCCUUCCACAGACACCCACCAGGUACCCCCCAGCCCUCUGUACCCCUCAUGCUGUCCUGGGACCCCACCUGUCCAGGAGGAGACAGGCUGGGGGAGACAGACAGGUCCAGGGGACAGAGCAGAGCAGCCCUGUAAACCCAGAGGAGACAGAGGAGACGCAACAGGCCACGGCACUGUGACAGUAACCCUGCCAGACACUCCCUCUCUGGGCAGCAAGGGCAGGGAGGCUGGGGCUGGACCUGCUAGUCCUGUUCCAACCACUGGAGGUCAAGACCAACCACUAGGUAGCGCUACUCCCAGAGAUCACUCCUCGGACGAGCUCAACAGCAGGUUCCGCUCCCAACGUCUCCACUCUUCCUCCUCUUCCUCUUCCUCCUCCUCAUCUUCCUCUGCCUGUGAAACAACCCACGGGGGUCCCAGGACCCCUGAUAUCCCUACCUCCACCUCCACCCCCAAAAACCCUCUCCUCUGCCGCUCUCCAUCUAACUCCCACCCCUUCCAGACCCACGCCCAGCCCCUGGCACUACCCUCCCAUACUGGGACCAGCAUGACCCUACCCAAGGUGCGGACGCCUCUGACCCCACGAGACAGCAUUCAGCUGGUGAAGAAACACUACAGUCAGCCCCAGCCUGGAGGUGUGGACCGGCUGCACCACCUCAACGUCCCCAGUCAGCCCCAGUCUGGAGGUGUGGACCGGCUGCUCCACCUCAACGUCCCCAGUCAGCCCCAGCCUGGAGGUGUGGACCGGCUGCUCCACCUCAAGUCCCCAGUCAGCCCAGCUGGAGGUGUGGACCGGCUGCUCCACCUCAACGUCCCAGUCAGCCCCAGUCUGGAGGUGUGGACCGGCUGCUCCACCUCAACGUCCCCAGUCAGCCCCAGCCUGGAGUCAGCCCCAGCCUGGAGGUGUGACCGGCUGCUCCACCUCAACGUCCCCAGUCAGCCCCAGCCUGGAGGUGUGGACCGGCUGCUCCACCUCAACGUCCCCAGUCAGCCCCAGCCUGGAGGUGUGGACCGGCUGCUCCACCUCAACAUCCCCAUAGACAUCAUGACUGCUUCCAGCUCCCAGAGCCUUGCAUCUCCCUCCACCUGCAGUCACUUCCUGGUGGAGACAGAUAUAGAUGACGGGCUGCCUGACAGUAUGGAGGGGGUGGUAGAGGGGGCAGAGGGUCCUCCCCAGGAAGGAGUGUCGUUUGUUGGGUUGGCUGAGGGUCUGGAACUGCUGGAUCCGGAGGUUCUGAAACCCCCCACCCCGCCUCUGCACCGCUUCCCCUCCUGGGAGAGCCGUAUCUAUGCUGUGGCCAAGUCAGGGAUGACAGUAUCGGAGGCGACCACAGGAGCCAGAGGUCCUGGUCCAGGAAAACCACAGUACCCUGCCGCAGGACCAUUCACUCACCUGAUUUACAAGAACAUCACUGUACCCGUGUAUACCACACUGAAAGGGAAAGCCACUCAGAUCAGCAGUGUGCCCCUGCAUGAUGAUGACUCUGGUUCGGAGGAUGACAGUGGCUCUCUGGCCAGCCUCAGGACCUCCAGCCUGGGCCCAGAAAGGAAGGGCAGCACCCCCGGGAGCCCCCGCGCCGUCAAGAGGGGUGUGUCCAUGUCAUCCAUUAGCUCUGAAAGUGACUACGCCAUCCCUCCUGACGCCUACUCCCUGGAAUCGGACUACUCUGAGCCAGAACACAAGGUCCAGAGAACAUCUUCAUACUCCUGCGAGAGCCUGCGAGAGCCUGAGAUGCUGGAGAAGUCAGGCUACCUGCUGAAGAUGGGCAGUCAGGUUAAAGCCUGGAAGAGACGCUGGUUCAUCCUGAGGAACGGAGAGAUCUUCUACUACAAGUCUCCGAGCGAUGUGAUACGGAAGCCUCAGGGUCAGAUGGAGCUGAACUCUUCCUGUCGCAUCGCCCGUGGAGAAGGAGCACAGACCUUCCAGUUGAUAACAGAGAAGAAGACAUUCUUCCUGACGGCMGACUCUCCCAACAUCUUGGAGGAGUGGAUCAGAGUUCUACAGAACAUCUUCAAGGUCCAAGCCAGCAGCCCCGUCGCCAUGGAGACCACCACCGCCAAACCCACCGUGAGGGGCUGGCUCACUAAGGACACCUGGCUGUACCACCUGACAGUCGCGGCAGGCAGCAGUGCCAGCUUCAAGGUGGGCACAGAGUACGAGCAGCUGGUCGGGAACCUCCUAGACGUAGAGGGAGAUCCAG